UCUGACCCCCAGUGCAUGCUUAUGCUGUUGUGCUUAAGGAUUCCUUUCAGCGCUGCAUUUCAUUUUACCUUCCCACAAAACAAGUCAUCUGGUGGGUGCAGGAGGGGAGGAUGUCCUGGGCAGGAUCAGAGGGGCCUUGAUGCAUCUGCUGCACGUGCGGCUCCCAGCUGUGCUCUCAGCUUUGCAGCACUGUGGUUGUGUCCCUGCAGAGCUCUGGGCUCACUGUGUUGGCUGGGUCACCCUGCCAGGCCCCUUUUCUCUUAUCAGAGGUGAGCAGAGACUGCUUGGAGAGUGGGCCAGGCUGAUUAGCAGUGUGGUGACCUCUCCCUGAGCACCAAGUGUUGGAGCCUUAGGGUCAGCAGUGCAAACUGAGACAGGAGCUGAGCCAAACCAGUGCAGGCACCUUCAGUGCUGUGCUGUGGGUGUAAACUGACUUCUGUCAUGGACUGCUGCCUCUUCUUCUGUAUGAGCAUGGACCCAGGGCUGUGUGGUCCCCAGCCAUCAAAGGCAUCAUCCUCUUUGUUCCCUUCUUUUCUUUAUGGCAGAGCUUCUUGUGACUGCAUUGUUUCUUUAAGAACUUUGUAUCUAUGAGGAAAAGUGGGGGGAAAAGGGGAGUCCAAGUUAUUUGCAUCUGAAAUCAGAUUUGCUCCUUGGAUUCUAUUAAACAUUUAACCAAAAGCAAAUAGGGAAGCACUGCUGUUGCAUCAAGGCAGCCCAUCACGAGGAAGCUCCCUGCAGUGCACGCCUGCUAUCUGGCUGGCUGUGCAGAGAGCCCAUCUAAUCUCCACAGCACUGUGUCCAGCGCAGGUACGAGCUGUCUUCCUGCACACAGAGCACGAGCAGAGGAAGUCAAAGACGGUCACACAAGCCAACAUGAAGGUGGAGAUACUUCCAGCGCUCACUGACAACUACAUGUACCUCCUCAUUGAUGAGGAAACGAAGGAGGCUGCAAUAGUGGACCCUGUGCAGCCCCAGAAGGUUUUGGAUGCAGUCAAAAAGCAUGGCGUGAAGCUGACCAGUGUCCUGACCACACACCAUCACUGGGAUCAUGCUGGAGGAAAUGAGAAGCUUGUAAAGCUGGAGACAGGAUUGCGUGUGUAUGGGGGAGACAGCAGAGUUGGAGCAUUGACACAGAAAGUGUCUCACCUUACAUCACUCAAGGUGGGAUCUCUUAAUGUGAAAUGCCUCUGUACGCCGUGUCACACUUCUGGACACAUCUGUUAUUAUGUGACUAAGCCAAAUAGCUCCGAGCCACCUGCAGUUUUUACAGGUGACACGCUGUUCGUGGCUGGCUGUGGGAAAUUCUUCGAGGGAACCCCUGAGGAAAUGUACAGAGCACUGAUUGAGAUCUUGGGCAGCUUAGAUCCUGAAACGAGAGUUUACUGUGGUCAUGAAUACACUAUCAACAACCUCAAAUUUGCUCGACACGUUGAACCCAACAAUGUCAGCAUCCAGGAAAAGCUUGCUUGGGCCAAGGCCAAAUAUGACAGUGGAGAGCCAACCAUACCCUCCACCAUUGCAGAAGAGUUUACGUACAACCCCUUCAUGCGAGUGAGGGAGAAGACAGUUCAGGAGCACGCUGGGGAGACCGACCCCAUCCGCACCAUGGGGGCCAUCAGGAAAGAGAAGGACAACUUCCGUGUCCCGAAGGACUGAGCACUCUGCCUGUGUCACUUUAUGGUCAUCUAAUAGUAACUUAGACUGUUCAGAUGUUUCAGAAAUCUGUCGUGGUUCAGACAGUCCUAUUUAGGUUUCUAGUUUGUUUUAAUUAAGAAAAAAAAAAAGCACUUUGCCCUUGUUGAGAUAUUCUACAGCAUAUUUAUAUUAUGAUGAAGAAUAUUUAUCCCUCUGCUGGCUCUCAAGCUGUCACACGUGUCACAUGCAGCUCAUUUUACAGGUGUUGGUAUGCAGCUCAGGGCUGGAGUGGGGGUGGCACGGACCUUGAGACCUAGGAACAAAUCCCUGCUGUUGCUGUGGGCACCUGAUGGCAAUGCAGACUGGCACUGGGGCUGUUUGAAGCGACCAUUUAAAACAGGAAUAAAAUGCAGUAACUGCCGACUGAAAUUUAAACUUUCCUUCCAUGCUGCUGCUUAUUCAAAGUGCUGCUUCUGGCUGCGUUAAACCUCUUCCCAGUGGCGUAAAGCUGCGGUAACUUUUCCAUGCAGAGAUUGCACUGUUGCUUCUGCCCUUUCUCUGUUAGCUGAAGCCUGCUUGCGUGCUCCUGAGGGUGAGCUGCACUUUACUUGUAGCCGUACACAGAAAGGAAGGAGGGAUUUGUCUGCUGGGAGGUUCCUGUGGGAGCAGCUGCAGCGUGCUGCUGUGGUUAAUGCUUAACCUGCAGUGCUGUACUGAGCUCAUUACCACCUGCAUUCCGCGCUGUGACCCGGGUCUAAAGUGGCAGUGUGUGAGCAGGGUUUGGUGGAGCACCACUUCUUUAUUUGUUUAAAAAAAAAUGAUGAUUUUUAAAUGUAUUUCAGGAAGAAAAAAAAAAAGGUACCUAAAAUGUUACUGACUUCUUAAAUUCUGUGCUGCUACAACUAAGCAUGACUGUACUGGUGGCUGAGGAAAUAAACACAGCUGUGAACAGUG